CUUUAAACUGAAUCAGUUGCGGAUUGUCUUUCAACUUGAUCGCUUGUCUACCUGAUUCUUCCUUAUGUCGUCUGAAACUAAGCCGAUCUUAUACUAUGACGAUCGCAGUCCCCCAGUGCGCAGCUGUCUUAUGUUAAUUAAGUUGCUGGAUAUUGAUGUGGAGCUACGCUUUGUGGAUCUUUUCAAGGGCGAACAAUUCGGGAAAGAAUAUUUGGCGUUAAAUCCUCAACAUAGUGUGCCAACUUUAGUGCAUGGAGACCUGGUAUUAACUGAUAGUCAUGUUAUACUCAUUCACCUGGCGGAGAAAUAUGAUAUGAAAGGUAAUCUCUGGCCAAAGGACUAUGAGAAGCGCAUGCAGGUCCUGAACCGUUUGUUCUUCGAAUGUUCCUUUUUAUUUCGUCGGGACAGUGAUUUUAUGUCGGCGAUUGUCCGCCAGGGAUUCGCCCAUGUCGAUGUGGUUCAUCAUGAGCGAAAGUUGACCGAGGCGUAUGGCGCCAUGGAGAGCUACCUGGAAAAUAACGAAUAUAUGGCCGGCGAACAGCUGACUCUCGCCGACUUAUCCAUUGUGACCACACUGAGCACCGUGAAUCUCAUGUUUCCACUGAUGCGAUUUCCUCGCCUGCAACGCUGGUUCACCGCCAUGCAGCAGCUGGAUGCCUACAAAGAAGCCAACUGCAGCGGAUUGGAGAAGUUGCGCCACACCAUGGAGCACAUUGGCAAGUUCCAGUUUCCCACAACCGAAGCAAAGGUUGAGGAAUAGGAGGAGUGCACACGAUGGCUAUUAAAUGGCGUGUUUAAUUUAGCUUUGGGGGUAUGGUUGUAAUUAGAUAUUUGCAUAGCAGGUAAAGGAUGAUUGCAGUGGACCCUACAUGGUUUUCAAUUUUCCGAGAAAUUACCACUUUAGUAGAAGUUUCAUCAGAUAUCCACAAACUUUGAUCUUGUAUGGCUGAGAAUAAAUUAUAAUACAUAUAUGCAUAUGUAUGUUGGUUUUCUGUGAUGAGUUUGAACUGUAAAAUUAUUAUUCCCUCUUUGAAAAGAAUAAACGCGUACUCGUUUCAUGCUAUUCCGGCUAAUUUCAAAGCAAUUUCGUGGGUGGUCGCGGCCGCGGCUCUUGACCACAUUAACAUAUGUACAUUGGUCCCUUGUUUGCUCUCAAAACACUGGCAAAUAUUUGGUGGCUCUGGGCCGGACGUUUGAUGGUACUAAUGACAGCCUGUCUGGCCUAAUGGCCAUAUCGAGUGUACUCCAAAUUGAGUUGGGUAAUCCUUUUUAAGGAUCGUCAGACGCUAAUUGCUCGUCUCCAACCAUAGAGUAUUUGUUAAGGAGCCACUGACUUUGGUAAUUCAAUGCCCAUGGUCAGCCAACUUAAACAAAGUUUAACGCACGCAUCGCACACCCCAUCCAGAGCCAUCUUUUACAACUUUCGAAAUACGUGCACCUGCUGCAUCUCUUCAACGCUUGCAGUUGCAGCUUUGACUUUUGAGAUUUACACAAAGAAAAGUUAUCUAAUUUACACUAUAAUAUACUAUUUUAUUAAAAUUAUAAUAAAUAAAAAAAACAUUCUUUCAUAAACUGUAUUAAACUAUACAAAUUCCCAAACUAAUUUCGGAUUAAAUAAUAUCUAGUUUUAUUUCAUAUGUAUGCCAACUGUCAGGGAGCUACCGCAUAGCUGUUGCUUCUUGGGGAAGACAAAACGGAAAAUCUUCUGGGGGGCGUGCAGCGAAACUUUUGCGGACUGCAAGUUUUUCAAUUUAGCCAGGCGUUGUCCCAACAUUUAUCUGCUCUUCACGUUGUCAGUGCUUGUACAGAUUUUUUUUGUCAUGCUGGUGUUAGGUUUUAGCUUUCUGCCAACGGUUGCCAAAAGUCCAUGAAAAAAUCUCAGAAAUAACAAAAAAACUGGAAUUAUUUUACUCAAGUUACGUGCUGCUCGUCUAAUAUAAAUACAAAUGUACAUUUUUAUGUUCUUCCAAAUGGUAACAGAGUAAUAAGUAACCUUGUUAAUAAGACCAGUAACUUUCUAUUAGUUUUAAUUAAUUUCAAAUAAGCACUUAUAACUAAUAACUUCCGCAAGCCUUUCUCACAAAAUUGAAUUUGAGCGAACUUCCUGUGCGAAUAUUUUUUUCCCACCAUUUGAGCAUUUUUUGUUGGCAUUUUCGUGUUGGAAUGAAUUUGAUUAAAGGCCAUGUUGCUUCAUACGAGCACAAUCAACUUUAUUUAUGGUCGGGUUCCAACGCCACGCCGGACAUCGGUGAUGCAAUUCCAGCCACCCACUUGCAAUCGACCUUGGUUUCCCCGACUCUCGGAAUGGAAUGGGUAUUUAAAAAAAAGAAUUUAUUGUAUAUACGGCAAGACGGUUUUAUUUAAAUCAUUAUUAUUGUAAUUAUGAGGCCGGGACUUUUGAACCUGCAUAAAUUAGGCACAGCAUAAACAAAUGAAAAACGAAGUUGGGAGAAAAAAACCUUUGCCAUAACAUUCUACUUUUUGCCUAUAAACAUACACUUUUUUGUUUAUCUA